CUAGCAGCAACCCCAAUGCCUUUUUUUCUUCCCGCUGAGCAAUAUUGGUGAUACUGUGCGUUGCCACUGCAACAAUGUCUAACCUGUGUGAGUGGCGUGUGAUUUCUGACCAGAGUUGAGAGAAAGAAGGACGUCUGUGCCUGCUGCUUUUUUUCUUUUUCUAUUACCCCCUCCUUUUUUUUUGUCAUCUGGAUGGGAAGUCUUUUUUGGGAGGAGAGAAAGAAGAAAGCAGAAGGCAGCCGGGGAAGGGGAACAACUGGCAACAGCCAAUCCCCCCUUCCACACACAGACUGGAGACAACGGAGGCCACUGGAGUAUUUGCUUUUAUCUUUCGUUUUUUGUUCUUUUUUUUCCUCAUCGCGCUGCUGGGAGGUGCUUUGCCUUUCCAUUUGCUCGCUCUCUCGGUCCUCUGUCUUCUUAUCUAUUUCGCCAUUUACCUGGUCAACAAUUUCUUCUGUUUAUGAGCGAGACAAGGAGGGAGAGAGAGGCAGAGGGACAGAGAAAAAGAGGACGGGGAUUUUUUUUUUUGGCCCCUUUUAUCCUCUUUUUUUCCCCCCUCCUCCCCUUCAUUCAUUCUUUCCUGCUUUCCUCUCCAUUCGUAUCACUUCCAGCCUUUCUAUCCCUGUGCAGCCCACGCUCUCUCCUUCCUCAACCUCCCCCCUUUUUCCUCCUCCCCCCAACCCCACCACUCCAGUCACUGUCCACCCGUAACUUUGGCUACUUUUUGACUCCACCUGUUCUUUUUUUAAAAUUUUUUUAUUUCUUCGCUUUAAACAGCUCCAGUGGAGUCAUUUUAAUUGGCUUGCUUGUAUUUUCUAUUUAUGCCUUUUUCACUUUUGUACCUUUUUCCUAUUUUCCCCCCUUCUCUUUUUUCCUCCCACCAUCCUAUGCAUCUUUUUUGGCCGAUUCUUAAUUCUAACCAUAGACUGGCGGUUGUCGGGAAGACGAGCGACUCCAAACAUCUUUCCAGAGGAACAGAAGUGAAGCUGCUCCUGUGGAGUACAAUUACCUCGAAAUUGCUGCUUUACCCCCUUGACCCAACGAGGAUUUUACCUAAAACCGCUUUCGGCCUCCCUCAGUCUGAGGCUAUGAGAGGGAGAGAGGAGUCCCAGGCCGCACCAUCAUGCUACUUCUGAGACGCUGGGAUGAGACUUUGGCUGGCAAAACACAAAGUAUUGCUCUCCCACUCCUACACCAUGCCUGUCUGCGGAUGCCGCGGCUGCUCCCCACCUUGCGGCCAUGCCAGGGCUUGCUCUGGCACCCCCUCGGUUGCUCAGGAGCAAGAACGGGUCCGAACCCUACAUCCACCCCCGCCGCCGUUCCACCACCACCGCACCGGUUCGUCUCUCUGCCUGUCCCUCCUUCUCCUGCUCCUCUGCCUUCUCCACCUGCCCCCGGCCUGCCACUCACGGAGAGACAAGCCCGGCGGAGGAGGCGGUGGCAGCCACUAUAUUCCCAUCCCUCAGCCUCCUCCCCACCACAUGGCCCUGCCCAACAUCUUGCACGUCUUCAGCAUCGCUGUCGUUCUGGUGGGCAACUCCAGUGAAGUGGCGCUGGCCGGGGCCCGAGAGAAGGAAGACUUCAUUCACAUGGCGCCGAAUGUUGAAGUGCUGACCAUGAAUGAGACUGACCCUAAGAGCAUUAUCAAGAGCAUCUGCGACCUCAUGACGGAGCACUGGCUACAGGGCGUGGUGUUUGGGGAUGACACUGACCAGGAGGCCAUCGCCCAGAUCCUGGACUUCAUUUCAGCCCAGACGCAUAUCCCCAUUCUCGGAGUACGCGGAGGCUCCUCCAUGAUCAUGGCUGCCAAGGAUGACAACUCCAUGUUCUUUCAGUUCGGCCCCUCCAUCGAGCAGCAGGCGUCAGUCAUUUUGAACAUCAUGGAGGAAUACGACUGGUACAUCUUCUCCAUUGUCACAACGUACUACCCGGGUUAUCAGGACUUUGUCACCAAGAUUCGUAGUACCAUCGAGAACAGCUUUGUGGGCUGGGAAUUAGAGGAAGUUCUACUACUUGACAUGUCUGUGGACGACGGCGAUUCGAAGAUUCAGAACCAGCUGAAGAAACUCCAGAGCCCUGUUAUUCUUCUCUAUUGCACAAAAGAAGAGGCCAACACUAUCUUUGAGGUGGCCCACUCUGUUGGAAUCACGGGCUAUGGCUACACAUGGAUCGUGCCCUCGCUGGUUGCUGGAGAUACUGAUGUAGUGCCGGCCGAGUUCCCCACAGGCCUGCUCUCUGUCUCCUAUGAUGAAUGGGACUACGGCUUAGAGGCGCGGGUUCGCGAUGGUGUGGCGAUCAUCACUAUGGCGACUUCUACCAUGAUGAUGGACCGCGGGCCUCACACCCUCUUGAAGUCUCAGUGCCACGGAGCUCCUGACAGAAAGACCCCCAUCUCAGGCAACCCCAACGAAGUGCUCAGGUACCUGAUGAAUGUGACGUUUGAGGGACGAAAUCUGUCGUUCAGUGAGGACGGAUACCAGAUGCAUCCCAAGCUGGUCAUCAUUCUGCUCAACAAGGAGAGACAGUGGGACAGGGUGGGUAAAUGGGAGAACGGUUCCCUGUCCAUGAAGUACCAUGUGUGGCCUCGCUAUGAACUAUACGGGGGACCAGCAAACAGAGAGGAUGACCACCUGUCCAUCGUGACAUUGGAGGAGGCUCCGUUCGUCAUUGUGGAAGACGUGGAUCCGCUUAGUGGGACGUGCAUGAGGAACACUGUACCCUGCCGGAAACAGAUCAAAUCAGUCAAUCAGACAAAAGAGUCAGGGAUCUACAUCAAGCGUUGCUGUAAGGGUUUCUGCAUCGACAUCCUGAAGAAGAUUGCCAAGUCAGUCAAAUUUACCUAUGACCUUUACCUGGUCACCAAUGGAAAACAUGGCAAGAAAGUCAAUGGAACUUGGAACGGCAUGGUGGGAGAGGUGGUGUUAAAAAACGCUCACAUGGCCGUCGGCUCCUUGACCAUCAACGAGGAGAGGUCAGAGGUCAUUGACUUUUCCGUCCCCUUUAUUGAGACAGGCAUCAGCGUCAUGGUCUCUCGCAGCAAUGGCACCGUUUCGCCCUCGGCUUUCUUAGAGCCCUUCAGUGCGGAUGUGUGGGUGAUGAUGUUCGUGAUGCUGUUGCUGGUGUCAGCAGUGGCUGUGUUUAUAUUCGAGUACUUCAGCCCUGUGGGCUACAACCGGUGUCUGGCUGACGGCAGAGAGCCCCAUGGUCCAUCCUUUACCAUCGGCAAGGCCAUCUGGCUGCUGUGGGGUCUGGUCUUCAACAACUCUGUGCCAGUGCAGAAUCCCAAAGGCACCACCAGUAAGAUCAUGGUAUCAGUGUGGGCCUUCUUUGCUGUCAUCUUUCUGGCCUCCUACACUGCCAACCUGGCUGCUUUCAUGAUCCAGGAGGAGUACGUGGACCAGGUAUCCGGUCUGUCAGACAAAAAGUUCCAGAGUCCCAACGACUUCUCGCCUCCGUUUCGUUUUGGCACUGUCCCCAAUGGAAGUACAGAGAGAAACAUUAGAAACAACUACCCAGAAAUGCACUCCUACAUGACAAAGUUUCAUCAGAGAAAUGUCAAUGAAGCUCUGCAGAGUCUCAAGUCUGGCAAACUAGACGCUUUCAUUUACGAUGCGGCCGUGCUGAACUACAUGGCUGGCAGGGACGAGGGCUGCAAGCUGGUGACCAUUGGCAGCGGCUACAUCUUUGCCACCACGGGGUACGGCAUCGCCAUCCAGAAGGAGUCGCUCUGGAAGAGACAUGUGGACCUGGCCAUCCUGCAGCUCUUUGGAGACGGUGAGAUGGAGGAGCUGGAGUCCCUCUGGCUGACAGGGAUCUGCCACCAUGAGAAGAAUGAGGUGAUGUCCAGCCAGCUGGAUGUGGACAACAUGGCUGGCGUUUUCUACAUGCUAGGUGCUGCCAUGGCUCUUUCACUCAUUACCUUCAUCUGUGAACACUGGUUCUACUGGCAGCUGCGCUUCUGCUUCAUGGGCGUCUGCUCCGGCCAGCCCGGCUUCGUCUUCUCAAUCAGCAGGGGCAUUUACAGCUGUAUUCAUGGGGUGCAGAUUGAGGAGAAAAGCAGCUCUGCAUUGAACUCGCCAUCAGCCACCAUGAACAACACCCAUUCGAACAUCAUGCGGCUCCUACGGACAGCCAAGAACAUGGCGUCCCUGUCAGGGGUGAACGGCUCACCACACAGCGCUUUGGACUUCAUCCGUCGUGAAUCUUCUGUUUACGACAUCUCCGAACAUCGGCGCAGCUUGGCGGGCCACUCUGACUGCAAGCCACCCUACAUGCCAGAAGACAACAUGUUUAGCGACUACAUCAGUGAGGUGGAGAGGACGUUUAGCAACCUGCAUCUUAAGGACAGCAAUUUGUAUCAGGACCAUUAUCUACACCACCAUGGUUCAACUUUAGGGCUUAGCGGACCUCCUCCCAACAGACCCCAUAGUUUGGGUAGCGCUAGUUCUUUGGAGGGCGGCAUGUUUGACUGUGACAGCCUGGGUGGAGGGGUGACCCCUAUUUUUACCACUCAGCCCUGUUCAGCACUGACCCACAGGAACAUGAGCAAGUUUGACCUGCUGUCCGGACAGACUCCUCCCUCGGGCCAGAGCUUCAAGGGAGGCCUGCCCGACCUAUAUGGGAAAUUCUCCUUCAAAGGAGGUGCCUCGAGUUCCACUUACAUCCCUGGACAUAGCUAUUGUCCAGGGAGAGGAGAUGAUGAUGGGAAUAUACGCUCAGAUGUGUCAGACAUUUCCACGCACACGGUAACGUACGGAAACCUGGAGGGUAACGCCAAAAAGCGCAAACAGUACCGGGACAGCCUGAAGAAGAGGCCGGCUUCUGCCAAGUCCAGACGGGAGCUAGACGAGAUUGAGCUGGGCUACAGGAGGAAACCUUACCACAUCAGUCACCACCACUAUCACGGGCACCGCUCUGGUUCCCCACCGCUGCUGCCCUCUGAACGCAAGAGGGGUGGCGGAGGAAGCGGGGGAGGUGGAGGAGGGAACAAUGAUGGGAACUCUUAUCUUUUCAGAGAAAAGGAGAGCGUUAGAGAUUUUUAUUUGGACCAGUUUCGGCCCAAAGAUGGUGUCCCUCAGUGGGAACACGUGGACUUGACUGAGGGUCCUGGGAACAGAGAUGGAGGAGUAAGUACCUGCACCUCCCUGGUACCAGUGGAUGACUUUCUUCAGAGCAAACCCAAGAAGUCUGAUUCAAAGAGCGGGGGAGGUUCUGGAUUGGCUGGGGGAGAGUGGGAGUGCAGGAACUGUCGGGCUAGUGGGGGACUGGGGAGCAAGCAGAUGUCAUUGCAUGGAGGUGGCUAUGGUGGCGGCAUGAGUUGUGGGUCCUCGGGAGGGGGAGGCAGUCGUCCCAGCUCCGCAACCUGCAUGCGUUGUGAAGGCUGUAAAAAGACAGGAAACCUCUACGAUAUCAGCGAGGACAACAACCACCUUUUGGAACAGAUGGGGGGCGGGGCGGGUGGGGGAGGAGGGGGUGGCAUGGGCGCAGGCCCUCAGUCUCAAUCUCAGGCACAGCAGAGGCGGAAGAGCGGCGGUUUCGGUAAGCCACUUCGGCGGCAGCACUCGUAUGACGCAUUUGUCGACCUGCAGAAAGACGAAUUGGGUGGGAUGGGCAGUUUGAUGGGAGGCUUAGGAGGAGGUGGGGGCAUGAGCGGUGCAGGCAUGGGUGGAAUGCUGCCCCCACCCAGAAGUGUUAGCUUGAAGGAAAAAGAACGCUACAUGGAGGGCAGCAGCCCCUUUGCGCACAUGUUUGAACGCCACGGGGGCUCCGAGAGGGAAAGGGAAAGAGACAGGGACCCAUUGUUUUACGGAGGUGAGAGCCGGUCGGGCCUCUUCAGAGGCGGAGAAGGUGUCCACCGCCGCUCAAUAGGGGAAAGAGACAUGAGAGACAGGGACAGGUCUUUGAUGGAAGGAGGGGGCGGGGCAGGGUUCUCUUUAUCCAAAUCACUUUACCCCGACCGGGUAAACCAAAACCCCUUUAUACCCACUUUUGGCGAUGACCAGUGUCUGAUGCACGGCGCCAAACAAUAUUACAUGAAAAAGCAACAGCAGCAGCAACAAGUUGCCAAAAACAGCCGAAGUGACUUCAGGAGCCAGAUGAGUGCAACUUCGUAUCUGCCAACAUCUGCCACGGCGGCCGGGGUGAUGUCCAGCGCGACGCCCCGGUUCCCGAAAGAGCUCAGCCUCGGUGGAAUGAACCACCACGGUUCCAUGCUGGGGGUCGGACCCCCGCGUCCCUUCAACGGAAGCAAUGGCCAUGUGUAUGAGAAACUCUCCAGCAUUGAGUCUGACGUGUGAAAGACAAAUAUGGGAGGAGGAGCGGAGGCGAAGGAGGGGGGAGUGAGGAGAGCAAUAGAGGCGCAUCUAGUUCUAGGAGAUCAGGGAUGACUUUAAAGACGCUGUAGACACACUUUAACCCUAGCCCAUAUUGAGAUGUUAGGAUUGGGAGGAGGGGAGGUAAGGGAUUAAAGGAGGAAAAGACUGAAAGGUGGAGACUGAAAUAUAAAAUAAUGCGUAGAAGUUUUGAUUUUUGCAAGAAAUAAUGGGAAACAAAUCAGGACACCCUGAGGAAGUGUGGGAUAUCGCCCCCUUCUCUCAGAAAUGGCCAAAGCUACUCUACUUUUAUGUCCAAACACAGUCAAUAAACAUCCUCCCCUUAACUCAAGUCUACCAUUUUCCAUCCACCAGUGUGGCAGAAGUCAGUGUACUCGGUCGGCGUCGCGACGAGGCCGACACCUCUUCAUAGUCUGCUAUGGGACGUGUCGAGCCUGCUGCGAUUCCAUGGCUGUCUGAAAGGCUCCCUGCUGAGCGCUCACGAGGAAGGACAGCGAGAGCAGAGACGGGAUUGAACUGCCCAUCUGCCCCAGUGUCACAGCAGAAAAAGUAGAUAGGGUCACGUUUGCUGGAGCGGCGACACGGGACGAUGACUGCUGCUUCCCCGUCUUUCUCACGCUCAGUCAGGACGGAGACAGCCCUGUCUGUCCAUCUCUUUUCGCAAUGCACUUCAGUUCUCAAUAUCUCCUCUUUCUCUCCGCCCCACACCCCCCCAUGCUUUUCCUCCUCCUCCUUAUCCUCGACGCCAAAAGAGCUGAUCUUGUUUGCUGUGAGAAAUACAAUCAAUGAAUGAUAAUAAGAUAUUCUUAUAGAAAAAAAUAACAGGGUAUAAGAACAACAGUAAUACUGAUACAGUUGUGAAUAACAGAGAUGUUUAGUGCUGAUUAUAAUAACACUGCUUAUAAUAUCACUAAGUUUUUACUUGUUUUGUGUUCUCGCCGUAAAAUCUUUCACUGCUGUUUUUAGCAUCUGUGGUUGCAGUCUGUCUGCCCCUAGUGGCAGGAGGAAAGUUGUUCUCAGCUCAACCAACAAGCCAGAAAAACUGAUUUUUUUUAAAUUUGAAAAAAGAAAUAUUUGUUUUUGGUUUUCUGUAGAAUGCUCUUACUACAUGUUCAUGCAUUUAUUUGCUCCUUGUAGAAAAACAAGAUCUUGAAGAUGUAUUUGGAGUCGGCAGAAACACGACACUUAACAUUUAAAGGCAUCACAAGUGCACAGACGCGCGCACACACGUUCGGUUUCUGUCCGUCUGAACUUGUGUUCUUUUGAACGAUGACGUGCCGACGGGAGCUGAGGAUGCUUGGGAGGAAGGACGUGCCUUAACGGUCUCCGGUGGAAGUGUCCUCCAAGUUCACAAGCGGCCCUCGCGCAGCAGCAGCCACCACCAGGACGGACCGGCAGGCUUCAUAAAGGCCACUCGGCGUUCUUGGGGUCACAUUUAUGAGCCAAAACUGCAGUAAAACAAAAUCAAAGAUUUACAGCGGGCUUUGAGGCAGUGCUGCUGCUGCUGGUGGUGGUUUAGAUACAAGAUACCGUUUAAGAUCUUUUAUAACUUUGUAAAACAGUGUAUUUCAUAUGUCAAGUGUGGGCAGCGUUUUAUGAGCCACCUGUAUUCAGGAUGUCCCAUUGUCACGGAUAGACCGAUGAGUCUCAGUUCACAACAUUGGCAGCCUUUAGAACACUUGUUUUUAUUCAGGUUACACAAUGACAGUCAUCAGGCACUUAACUUUUUCUCGGCCUCUUCACCGGUAUCCUGUCGAAGGCAUUACUUUUCGCUGAGCGGGCCGAGGGGCUCGCACAGUAAGCUUUUGUUUGGACAUCACGUGUGAUUAAUAUUUGCGCUGUCGUUUACGUAGGCGAAACGCUGCAAAAAGAAAAGAGAAAUGUGUAGGAGGAGUGUUGCCGUCCCGCGACAACAAUGCUGAUGGAAGUUUGAGCAGAGAGGAAGAUGUCUAUUUGAGAGACUGGCUGAUUGCUUUUUACUUUGACUGAUGUACAUAGUCUUUUUAGCUGAAGAGGCCUAAUUUCUUGGACAGGACUUUUUACUCAGUGUAGGUUCAGGCACUCAGUAGACAUGCCUUAUCAUCCCAUUGCCCUCGCCCCCACCCUGAGCUGUCUGAUGAUGACUCAUCGCAUUACUGUACAGAACAGAGGGAGCCCUGGUAGUUCUUUAAAGGUCUGAUCUUCGAUUAGUUGGUGUCAAAAAGUUCAAGGGCUGCUGGAGAUUGCGCGGGGAGCGCCGGUCCGAGGAGUGUGAUCUUUAUCAUUGUCGACCACUAUAUCUUAAGGCACCAGUGGAACGGACUGGGGAGGAUAUGCACGCGCACACGCGUGGAGGGAAGCGAAUCAGGAUCGAGUGAUAACAGCUGUUCUUUUUUUAAACACUAACUCUGUUGACAACUAUUCAUAAAUUCAAAAACUUGUCCUCCUCCUCUUCCUCAUCCCUCGCUCCACAGAUCACACUGUCAAAGCGAGACUUAUCGAGCUAGCCUUAAAUCCGACUCAUCUGCCCCCCACACACACCCUCCUAAUAAACAGAUUGGGAUCUCUGGAAUUUUUAUAUGCACACAUUUUGAAAGUUCAGGUCAACCAUUAAAAGCAAGCUGGUAUAGGAAGGAGAACGGCCAACGGGGAGUUGGGGGGGGGAUUCGACAAGGAAAUAAGAAGAAGGAGACUUUGCAGUGGGUAUCAAUCAGCGUCAGCAUUAGUAUGUUAAAUCUUUACCUUGUAAAUAAUAAUAUAUUUAAAAAUCUUUUCACUUUGUACAGUAAACAGACAGACAGGAUGUAACUUUCAAUAUGUUUUACAGCAAUUUAAGAAAUAAAGAAAACAAACAUAAAAACUCGUAAAAACUGAAAAAAAAUCACACAAACAAAAAUAUGCAAAAUAUAGUUAAGACACAGAUAUUACUAAUCAUAAGUGAUAUAAUUGAAGCUCUUUUUUUCUUUCGAUCUCAUGUUUACUUAAUUAUAAUAGUUUACCAAUCAGUAUACUGAUUAUGUUAAGAAUUAUGCUUUUUUCCCCUUUUUUUUCUCUUAUUUUCACUCAAAGUGUCAGAGGAUAAUUUUACUGUAGGUGUAGACGUUUGGUGAUUUGAAAAAAAAAAAGAAGAAAAAACAGAAAAAAAAAACAAAGGGGAAAAGUUUAGUUUUAGGAGUCUUCGCUAAGUUUCCCUUGGAUUGUGUUAGAUUCUCUCUUUUUAAGGUAAGCUAUUCUUCAUGCUUUUCGAGCGCAAUUCAAUUAUCUACACAUUUAUGUAAUACAAUAUUACAUGUAUACAGAGAUGAUAUUUGCAUAUAGAGGCAGUAUAUUGUGAUCCUUCAUUUUUAAGCAGCGAUCCUUGUUAAAAAAAAAAAAAAACUUAAAAAAAACCUCCUAAAAAACAUUUGUGGAUUUUUUUUGUUUGUUUUGUUUUUGUUGCCCGUUUCUUUUUCGAUGUGGGCUCUAACGGUGAUUGCACACAGAAUUUAGAGCCAUUGUCAGUCCGGCCUAUCCUGUUAUAUCUCUGUUUGGGAUAGACAUCACUGUGGUAAAUAAGGAAGAUACACACAUGCACACACACACACACACAAAUGCACACUGGACUUGCCCCAGUGUUGAUAUUGUGAUAUUGCUGAGGAUUUAGGCACAAUCUUGUGGAGAAAACCGUGAACGAGUGCAGUUUCAUCUCAGUUAUGUGAAGCUGAAAUGCAUUUGUACAACCCCUUAUUAAAAGGUGAAACAUCUCUUCCGUCAUGUCUCUGUGCAGCGGUUUCUUUGUUCUUUUCUCUUUGCUAUGGGUGAAUAAACUGCCGUUGCACCGUUUUCACUCGCUUGUUACUCAACUGUGCUACUUGACAGCUGGAAACAACUCAUAUGCUUCGGAUCCUGAUUUGUUUUGUGUGCCACCUUGUAUUUGUCUGUUUGAGAAAGGAAGUAUCGUUUGUAAUCUGUUGUGUACAUAUGCAGGGUUUUUUCUUCUUUUUUCUUGUUUUCACACAGUCAGAAGCGAUUUCCUCGCUCUUAUUCUGUAUGGUACUGAUGCCAAUAAGUCUCUAUAAUCUUCUCAUCAGCCCCGAAAGGAGAAAUUCAUCUCUCUUCUGUUUUGCCCCCCCUUUUUUUUUGUAUCUCUAGAGGGCUUGAUUGAAAAGUGAAAAAAGUAUCAGUGUGCACAUAGACUCUGUUAGGUUUGCAGAUUUUUUUCUUAUUCUCCUCAUUUGCAAUAAACAGCAUGACCAAACAGAAAAUCUUCUUACUGUACGCCACAUUUUAUUUUAUUUCAUUUCAUUUUGUCAGGAUUUGGAGGGUAACUAGUUUGCUACCACUGGUUGGGAGGUGUACCUGGCGCUGCGGUGAGCAUGCUAUCAUCAGACCUUUAGCACCUCCAGCUUCAGAUCGGUCUGUGCUGCAGAGUAAGCAGGGCUCAUUUGGAAGCCUUUAUUUCCCUUAAGGCCAAAUUGUUCCCAGCUUCCCUUCUCUCUGCACACAUUUGUUCAGAUAGUUCACAUAGGGGAAAACACUGGCACUUUCCCCCUUUUUUUUCCUUUUCUUGUCUUGUCCUUUUUGGGGGGGGGGCAAAUUAGCAGGCUGGAACAUCCUGAGAGUGGAGGAUGUAAAUAUCACCCCAGAUGACGUGUGUACGGGGGGGGGGGGGGUUUGUCAGUAUUAAUGACACAUGGGACCAAAUACCAGCCUGACAGUCGUCUGCAGGGAGCGAUGUAAUGGUUAAUCUGACUUGUUGAAAAUGCUUUUUUUUCCCCUUCUUUUUUUCUAUGUGUAUGUUUUGGAUAAAGGGUAUUUGAGAAGUUUCUCAUAUUUCCAGCUUUCAUAAUUGACUCUGAACUGCUAAUUUUGUAAUAAAUAAGUGUGAUUUCACCCGGUGCAGACAGAAGGAACUAUACUGUGAUGUUAUAUAGCUGAUUUAUUCUGAAGGUCCGUGUGAUUUGUUCAUUCUUAUUCAUGACAGAAAAUAUUUUAAGCCUCUCUUAAUGUGUGUUACAGAUCUCGCUUUUUACUGACGCACACAAAACUUUCUACGAAACUGUGUACAGUUUGUUUUGUUUUUAAUAUUGCGAUUUUCCACCGUCAUCAUUCACAGAUUGAGAAUCGGUCGCGCUAACUGGGUGAAAAUUGCCGAUGACAUAAGGGGUUGCUACCAAAUGUAUUUCACAAGGUUAACAGGUUUAUGAAAUCACAAACAUAGCCUGAUUGAAUUAACUGUGGGUGACAAAAAAAAUGUAACAUAGAAAUAAUAUCAAUUGUAUACAUAAUAUUAUUCUUGGCCAUUCUUUUCUCUUUUUGUGGCCCUUUACUUUGAAACAAUGCCAAAAUUUUUACACCGUACAAACAGAAAAACCACACAAAAACAAAUAAUUGUACAGGUUGUGUAUAUACUGAAUACUGGGGAAAAUAUUUACCUUCAUUUUCUUUUUUUUUUAUGGAAACAAAGUAAUCUCAAUAACAAAAUUAACCACAUCAUGACAAAGUUGCAAAAAAACAUCAUUAAGGUACUUCUAAUAAGGAUCAUACUGAUAUCUACAAUUAUAAGUGCUGACAUAAGACUAUUCUUUCUCUUUGUACAUGAUGAACAAAAUGAAGUGUUGAGUAUUAAUAAUAAAAAACUAUAAGUUUCACGCG